CCUCGGGAGGCUCGUUUGUCUGGAUAAAUUUGUUUUCGUUGACCUACUGUUUGUAGUCGAAACCACGUGAUUGUGCCAUCACAUCUUGAAAUGUCGCCUGCGCUGACUGAUUCUUUCUAAGCCAGCAUAUGAAGUUCCCUAUCAUCCCUCGCAGACGAGAACUUGGAGAAGACUAGCACCAACAACCAAAGCCAAAGAAUUAGCCUCAUUUCUCAACAUGAAUUAUCCGCGCCAAUUACCAGAGGCCGUAGAUGCACUGAUAGGAUUCCGCGUAGAAUGCCACGACAACAUCAACCUUAGCAGCAUUCGACCUCGUUGUUACAUAUCUGACGACGACUUCUGGCAGGCUGCCGAGAGCCAUCUAUCUUGGAAGCCUGUCAGAACACCAUUCGUAUCGUUCUUCAGAUCAUGGGAGAGAGCUCUGAAAUGGAGGAAACGUCUUAUUAAAAGAAAGGGGAAGGGAAUCAUGAUUGUUGCGGUUUGGUUGAAAGACUUGUCUGGAGUCUACGAUGCAUACAAUAUCGCACAAUGUCUUAUAGACCAUCAAGGCCCGAGCUCAAGCAGUGAACUGCGAGAGAAACUCGAUUACUUUCGUGGAGAACUGCUCGUUCAAGGUGGCAUCGACUACACGGAAUACAGAAUCCUGGCCUGCUUCCAGGGCGACAACCCCGAGAUCGAAAGACGACCCAUAUCGCCACUGCUCAAAAGUCCCGAGAGGAGUCUUGCUAUGUCUAUUCCAAGAGGAACUCUGUCAAUAUACGGCAAGUCAAAUCUGAGCAUCACCCAGCAAUUGGAGUGCGAAAUGUUGAGCCUCACGGGGGUUCGAAACGAUGUCAAGCUGUGCGUACUGGUGCUCGCAAUGUGUGACUGCGAAAUGGAAAUGGAAAUGGAAAUGAAGGAAGAAAACAAGAAGAUGACGAUUAAGGCUACAGAGCGCUGCGGAAACUAUGUCUUGAAAUUCGUAUCUCGCAGCUGUAACUACUAUUUCGACGUUUCCUAUUAGCCAGCUCGAUGGCACUCUUAUCUGGACGCAAUGCAGUAUGGUCUCAUGAAUGCUAUCAGGUAGUCAAGCAGUGAAGCUAGAGUAGUUAUGAAUGCAGCCGGCUCGCUUAGAGAAAGAUCAUGCCACCUGUUGCGAGGCAAAUGAAUACAGCCAAUAUCUUCCUUGUG